CCGCCAUGUUGCGGGGACCGGAAGUAGAGUUUCCCUGGGAUAUGGCGCUGCUUUGCCAUUAGUUAUUGAGCGAGAGAAGCGAGGCCUCCAGUGGGGAGUCGGACCAGAAUGCGGGGGACAGGAGAAGGCGUAUAGGGUGAGGUUUGGGAUACCGGCUCCAUUAAUGUUACCAUGGUGGGGGGGUAUAUUCAGUGUUUACACCCACCGCAGAGCAUGUGACAUGCUGCUACAGGGCCCAGAAUGUUACAAAGGGUCUACACCAGGGGUCCUCAAACUCCGGCCCCCCCCAGAUGUUGCUGAACUACAACUCCCAUGAUUCUUAGAAUUACAUAGAUAGCCAGAGAAUCAUGGGAGUUGUAGUAAAGCAACAUCUGGGGGGCCGGAGUUUGAGGACCCCUGAUCUAGAAGUUCGUUCAACUAUCCGGCUUUAUUGGUCAGUCUCAAGAACUUCAUGCUUCCCGUAAAAUGUUUUUAGUUAAUAUCCCAAAUUAGCCAUUAAUGUGUCCUACCCCGUCAUAAACAUCACCACCUGCUUCAAUUGGGGGGUUAUUUUCGUACUAACCGGGCAAUGCCAUGGGGUUUGCAACUUUUACACCAAAGUAGGUAUUUUCCACAACCAAUUUUCGAGUCUCCACAAUUCCCAAUUGACAGUUUUUUUAAAAAAGGAAUCAAAUGUUAAAUUUUACCGAGGUGUAGUUGGAUUGCCUGUUUUAAUAACUUUUUUGAUACGUAAUUUAAAAUUUACUUACUUUAAAAAAUGCUACAAUGCUUUUUCUUUUUUGAAAUAGAUUUUGCAUGCAAAUGCAGUCUUGUUUCACCCCUAAAUUGGAUUUAUCCAGGAUUAUUUUCCCUCGCCCUUUAAUUUAACUGUGAGAUUAUAUGAUCAUUCAAACCACUGUAAUCACGUCAGCGCACUGUAGUGAAUAUGGUGGCUGGAGUGUUUUGUAAUUGUUAUGGUGCCAGGAGGGCCCUGAUUUAAGUAGGCCACUCGCUGCCACCUCUUUAAUGCUGAAGAACUGAAAUAUCCUUUUAGCUCACCUGAGCUAAGCUUUCCAAUGCUAAAGAUAAGCUCUGUCUUCCUCAGUCCUCCGUGAUCCGACUGCACGCCUCUGCUCUCAAGCAGCUGGUCACCUCGGGGGCUAAACAGGCUCACAAAUCCCAGGUGCCAAGUCGACCAGGAAAUUUGUCCUGGCACCUGGGAUUUGUGAGCCUGUUUAGCCCCCGAGGUGACCAGCUUUUUUUGAGCCUUGGUUUAGGUGACUAUAGUGUUCCUUUAAAGGAUCACUAUAGGCACCCAGACCACUUAAGCUUAAUGAAGUGGUCUGGGUGCCAGGUCCAGCUAGGGUUAACCCCUUUUUUAUAUAUAUAUAUAUAUAUAUAUAUAUAUAUAUAUAUAUAUAUAUAUAUAUAUCUCAGUUUCAGAGAAACUGCUAUGUUUACACUGAGGGUUAAUCCAGCCUCUAGUGGCUGUCUCAUUGACAGCCGCUAGAGGCGCUUGCGUGCUUCUCACUGUGAAAAUCACAGUGAGAAGACGCCAGCGUCCAUAGGAAAGCAUUGUAAAUGCUUUCCUAUGAACUGGCUGAAUGCGCACGCGGCUCCUGCCGCGCAUGCGCAUUCAGCAAAUGACGUCGCUAGGAAGGAGGAGGAAAGCUCCCCACCCGGCGCUGGAGAAAGGUAAGAUUUUAACCCCUUCCUCUCUCCAGAGCCCGGCGGGAGGGGGGACCCUCAGGGCACUAUAGUGCCACGAAAACGAGUAUGUUUGUUUGUUUUUCUGGCACUAUAGUGGUCCUUUAAUACUCCAUAGUUUGCAAUAUUAUGUGAGUUCUUUCAACUAUAUUUGUUCUGCAAGCCUUGCCUCUCAUCGAAUCCUUGAUUUUUUUAUUUUUUUUAUUUUUUUUUAAUAGGUGUCAACUCAUCAUUUUUAAUAACUGCCACCAAAAUGUCAACAUCUACCUCCUCACAGCACCUGUCUGGAAAGGAUGCCUCCCUGCAAAGUAUAUUGGGCAGUGAAGCGAAUCCGGUAUGUAAGCUAUCCAGUAAUAGUAUUACGAACUUUGACAUAUUCACUAUUAGUCUGAAAAUUAUAACAUUUUAUAGUUGCUUAUACAUAUGUUCCCUGUAACAGAACUGUUGUUAAAAACAGGAUAUGAUCUUGAUUGGGGACUUCACUGUGAAAGUGGCUCAUUCACCUUCUUGGAUACUUGACUAAUUUAGAAAGAGCUCAAAUGGUGACCAGCUGGGAGCAUUGGAAAGUGGGUUUUUACUUAAUUUUGAACCUGUCCCUCGUGGGCCCUGACAUCCAUUAACUGCUGGCUCUCUUCUGCUCAUGGUGUUUUAUUUGCCAGGAGCUGACGUCAGUGCUGUACUCUUGCGCAUGUGUAAGGGUAUAGUAUUGAAGUCUAUGGAGGAGACUGUGGGAGCCUCCAUGGAUAUUGUCUCGCAAGGAGCAAUGCCUUAUUCGCUAGUAACAGCUGGGGGAAGUGACAGCAUUUGUCAAAAGUAGCUCUCUAUUGUAUCAUGUUUUGUCAAGCAGAGGAAAAUACAUAAUGGAAAGUAAUCCCUAUUAGGCCUUAUUUUAGGAUAAAUAGACUGAACAAUAACAGAUUAGGAGUAAAGAAUAAAAGACUAACAGAUUUAAGUAAGGUAAAUAUUGGGCAACAGGCAGCUUAACAUAUCCUUUAACCCCUUGAGGACACAUGACGUGUGACAUGUCAUGAUUCUCUUUUAUUCCAGAAGUUUGGUCCUUAAGGGUUUAAAAAAAAAAAAAAGAUUUUACUGUUCAGUAAAAUACUUGUACUAAAGCACUUUUUCCAUGCUGAUUUUUUUUUUUUUUUUUUAAUAACUCUCUGCCCCAAGGUACGACCCCAGCCGGCACUACUGAAGAUUCUGCAUACAGCAGGGGCAAAGGGGGAAACAUUUACUUUAAAGCAGGUGAGAGCACUUUUAAAACAAUAAUUAAACUUACAAUGUGGUUUUCAGUUGCAUUAUGUGGACCUAUUUUACUGUUACUUUAGAAUAGAGCUGUGCUGGCACUUAAUUUUAUACAUGUGUGAUUAAUCUAUUAAGGGAACAUUUCAAGCGCCAUAAACACUGCAGUUUUAACAAGGGUUUGACUUCUUACUUGGGCUCUGCCAGGCACUGCUAAUGCCUAAGCAGGAACCUCAGUUCUUCUGAGCUAAUCAGGGCAAGCUCAUUUGCUGAUUGCGCACAACAAAUGAGCUAAGUUCUGCACUAUAGACAUAACUCAGGAGAGGUAACCGAAGCUGAUACUUAGGAGCCUGCGAGUCUCUGGCAUUUGUAGUGGAAACAGGGAGCGGCUCUCAGGUAAGAAGUCAAAUCUUUCAGAAACAGUUAUGGUGCUUGGAGUGUAUCUUUAAACUGUUUAAGAUCUGAUUUUGUCAUCCUCCACUUUUUAGGUUUCUAGAUGUACUAUCUAUAUUUGACCCAAGCACUUGCCUAUGUGGGCAAUGUUAUAAAUGCUUGUGUUCAUGGGGGGGACCCCUAUUAAGGAGCCAAACAUCCACUAUGUGGGUCAAAGUAACAGGGCUCCAGUGGUUAAGAAACCAGGUACUGCAUGUCCUCUUAGGAGGAGGUGCUAUGUAUUCAGCUAAGUGGAGGUGGGCGAGUGCAGAACAAAAAACAUAAUAUCAAAGCAAAACAAUAAUAAAGAACUUCAAACCGCAUUGAGGCAGUACAGUCUCUGUGGAACUCAGGUCCCUGGUAUCGGGGUUGGUGGUGGGGGGACAGUGUGAGCUGGGUCCCGUACAUGGCUGUUCUGCAGUCCGCCAGGGUCAGAGGUAGACACGGGUAGGCCCAAGUCCUGCAGGAGGGCUGGCCCUCCGGCUAGAGAUGAAAUAUUUUGUGUGCUAUCCCAUUGUGCUUUACAAGGUACCUUGAUGACAGCCAUCUGUAGUCCAGUCCAGCAGCUCUCAGUUGGCUGGUGACAGGGUGUAGUGACAGUCGCCACUGCAGAGUGGACCGGUUGAGAUCCGGGGAGAAUGUAAGAUGGGAGCCUUCAAAUAUAAAUGGCGUCUUGCCCCUUAGGGCCAUCACCAGAGCUCUCUUAUCAUGAGCAGUGGACAAUAACAUCCCGAGCCGUGCGAACCCCACCAGACCCCUGGCAGGCGGUAGGUCCCAUCCAGUGAGAACCUCUUUAUCUGGUUUGGUGGCAGCACUGAGGCGCCGGGCAUAGUGUGGAAGGUCCUCUGUUGUGACUACUUCAGGUAUGCCCCGUAUAUUGAGGUGAUUUUGGCGGGAUCUGUCGUUUAGCGCUAUGUAGUGAAUAGAUAGGGCAACUUGGGCAGCCUACAUUUGAUGUGCAGAGUCCUGUAUUGUGGACAGUCCCUUUUUAAAGUCUUCACUCGCCACAUCCGCAGCAAGGAGAGUUUUGAUUUCAACUACUAGGUUGUGCAAAUCCUGCUUGUUGACCAGGUCUGACCCUCCUUGGGUGUCCGAUUUUGUUUGCUCCGAUCUCGGCAUCCGUCGUGUUGAGUCGGAUUGCGAGUUUUCCGGCUGGGCCUUUGCGCCCGCAAAGCUGUCAGGCAUCGCCAUUUUGGGCUGAGGUUGCCAUUGAAGUUGGGCCCCGAUAUCCCUCGAUCAUGAAGAUAAGGCAGGUGUGGGACGCUGGUUCUUACUACUCAUAUCAGUCUGAAGGGUGGGCCGCCGAGAUCUGCUAGGUGCAGACCUCGACCCCAGGUCUCCUGUAGGAAUAAAGCCGCUGAGCAAGGUUGCCAAAUCGAGGUCCAAAGGGGGAUGGUAGGCCCCAGAUCUGCGUUUCUGCCAAUUCGACUUGGGAGUGUGUAGAAAUGGCAUAUGUGGUUGCUGUCUGGUUCUUGGGUGUAGAGUCAUAAUGUAGCCACAAAAAAACUGUUUUAGAGGGAGAUUAGUACGGAGCUAUGUGAAUUAGCAUCCGCUCCGUGUCAAGGUCAGGCUCCUCCCUCCCCCCCGCCCCCCCCCCAAAUUCUGUAUCCCCCUUAAUUUGUACCUUUUUUUUUUUGCAAUUACAUUGUUGGACCUGCUCUGUGCUGAGGGCUCAAGGACCAUGUUCUGGGCAUCACCAACCAUCCCAUCCUAUUCACUCUUGUUUUAUUGUUUGAAAGUGUCACUGUAGCUGAAAUUUUCAACCAUUUUACAUACAUUACAGUCUGGCCAGUGACUCCUGGCAAAGUUUCUCUACCAGUAACUAUUCCUGGUAUAUUGUUUUGAAAAGUAAUAAUUCUUGGCGUGACAAUGUUAACCAUUAUAAUGAGGAAGAACUAUCUAAACUCCCUACUCAAUAAAUACUUUAAGGUAGCAGCCAUUUGAUGUCCAUUUCAGAAGCACAAUGAAGGAAAGGACAGUAGCCUGUGCUGGUUGAAUUUUUAAGCAAGUCUCUCAUCUAGUUUUCAAUAAAGACAAAACAUCAGCAUCCUUUGGAGAAGAUGUGUCUUUGCCCUGAUACCAUGCAGAGUUGGUGCCAGAACUGUCAUUAUGACUGGGGAGAGUUAUUCCAUAACAUACAACGGUGUACAAUACAAGCGUAAAUGGAUAUGGAGCUUCCUUAAACCAUAUAAACCAAAAAAAAUGCAACCACUGUAAACACACAUCCAAACAGUGAGUGUAAAAACAAAUAAAAAAGGUAAAUUAAUCAAAAACACAAUGUAUUUACCUUGUUACAAUAAUGAAUAGAUUCACAACUCUACACAAUUUUAAAAAGCAAAAAAUAUGCGGCUUUCUCUUUUUAUAUACAAAAUAAGUGAGUGGGCAGAAUCUCUGGCUUUGGAAAGAUUGGUUUUGUUAGGGCUACAUGAAAAAACAACUCCUAAAAGCUGCAGAGUUUGCAAGCCCUUUCCUCUUUCCCUGACACAGUAAGUUUGUGCCAGGGAAUACUCCAAUCAGAGGCUUCUCUUCCUCUGUGCUGAAGCUGCGAGCAUGCAUGCGAUUCGGCUUUCCAAUGCUUCUCAGUGAUCUGUACUAUAACUAACAGAAGCAGUAGAAAACCUACUUGUCUAAAAGCUAGGUAUGUGCUUCUGUUGAAUUCAGUACUUUUACAAGCUGUAACAAAUGACAACCUCCAACAAGCUGCAGUGUUCCUUUAAUUGGAUUUGUUUAAGCCGAGACAUGUUGGACUGAGGAGCUGUUUGUUGUGAUUUUAUUUUUAAGACUUUACUGCUUUUAAUGUGUCUAUACUGUAGUUUUCCCCAUCUUUGUUUAACAGUGUGGAAGCCAAUAGAUAUUGCCAGCUCCUAUGUGGGCACCCAUAUGCUAACUUAUUGACUUGUACAGAGCCUGACAUCUGCUCUUUAUCAAGGGAGUGGUCCUGCACACAUACUCAUUUUUAUAUAUGUUAAAGGUAGAGCACUCUUUUUUUUUUCCUCUCUCUCUUUAUUUCACACUUUGCUUACAAUUGGUGGCUACCAGGGUGAGCUGUAGUGUUUGUUUCUUGGAAUAUGUAUUUAAGGAAGGAAAAAUUAGGUCAUAUGUGGAAACGCUGGUCUGUGAUUUGCACUUAAGGGAAACUUGUUAAUUUGUUCAGCAAAUUUCUGUACUCAAGGGAACACUCAAACAGUUGUAGUGGUUAUGUCCACCACCGUAAGUCGUCAAAUUGCUUUAGAACAGUUUAGCUUCUUCCUUUGGAUUCACUGUGCAUCGCUCCAAACCUCCACUUCUUCCUAUGGAAUACAAAAGCUCAUGCUGACACUUGGACAAGUAGCUAAACCCUACACUGCAGUGCUCAGUCAGGAUAGGAACAUCCAGUUCUCUGACGUUGCAAGUAGAGAAGAGCAGCUGCGGAUAGCAGAUUUUAAACAGUUUGACCCCUUAUAAUGGAGUGGUGCCUGGGCUCCUGGCACCAUAACCACUACAGAGCUACUGCUGGUAGGUCAGACAUUGCUUUUAUAGCUCCCCAAAACACGUAGUGAAGGUAGGUCAUGGGUGGGGCUAACAUUAACGGGUGACCGUGAGAAAUGCCGGUCUAUUAGCCUAAGUGCGAGUUAUAGACGCAAGGGGUGUCUACCCUCAGUGACUCAAUAGGUAUGCAUAUUUUGCAAGAUUAGUAAUUAAAAGAAAAGUAUUAACCAGAAAGCAAAAUAACAUUAGUAACGUGGUGUGUAUAUUCACAAAUCAAGAGAGUGGCGGAAUGUGUGGUAUCCUGAAGGAUGUGCAAGCGUCCGAUCAGAGUGUGUCCCUCAGGCUGUAUCACCUGUUGGUAGCGUGCGUCGGGACGAUCUUGGUAUAAACUUCGUCGCUGUGGAGGGGUCCAACCAGGACUUAGUGGCAGUGUAGCAGUCAGGCCCAGACAGGUCAAGUGGGAGUCCAGUUCCUGUGAGCUCUUCGCCCGGUAGGUAGAGGCCUUGGAAGGUAAAGGUGAUGAGACGUGGCACUCCCCAGCGCUAGGGGAUAUUUUUGGAGCGUAGGUGUUGUAGGUUUGUUUGGAGCGACUUUUGCCAGCUGAGUGUGCUCCUCUUGAGAUUAGGAAACAAUGAGUUGUGAGAGUCCUCGAAUGGAGGGGUCCAACCAGGACUUAGUGGCAGUGGUUUCCGGCAGUGUAGCAGUCAGGCCCAGACAGGUCAAGUGGGAGUCCAGUUCCUGUGAGCUCUUCGCCCGGUAGGUAGAUGAGACGUGGCACUCCCCAGCGCUAGGGGAUAUUUUUGGAGCGCAGGUGUUGUAGGCUAGUUUGGAGCGACUUUCGUCAGCUGAGUGUGCUCCUCUUGAGAUUAGGAAACAAUGAGUUGUGAGAGUCCUCGAAUGGUAGAGGGGUUUGCCCUCAGGCCGCUGUUAGCAGGGUGGUCUUGUCCUGGAGGGAUUGGAAUCGCACAAUGAGGUCUGCUGUCGUGGUUGGGGGUGCAUUUGCCCGACUUGGGCAGGCGGAACAUUCCGUCUAUUUUCACAGCUUUUGGUUGUAGCAGUGUCUCUAGUAAGCAACGUAUGUAAUGUGGGAGAUCAGCCUGUCCCAUGGCAUCAGGCACCAUUCUGAUCUUCAAAUUGUUUUCGUCUGUGGUCCUCCAUGGCCUCUACCUUUUCGGCUUUACCAAGUUGUUUGUGGAGAUCUGAGACUCUGCUCCAGUGUGGUUAUGCGGGUGUCUCGUGAGCUCGCAGUGGCCUCUAGGAGGGUAAGCCUUGUGGUGGCCUCCUCAGUAGCCUCUUUAAAGUAUGCCCUGCCUGAGUUCUGCAAACAUCUUUACCGUUCGCAGUGACUGGGUCCCCAGAUGGUGGUGGUUGGGCCUUGUGCACUUUGGGCAGGGUCACCGAGGCACCUGGUCUCAGGUCUGAGUAGGCAUCUGAGGAGUCGGAGAAACCCUCCUUCCCAUGCGGCCUUCUGCGAGUUCCGCAGUAAUUCGCCGAUGUCGCUGCUGUUAGAGGCUUUGUCUGGCCUUGUUUUUUUUUUUUUUUUUCUGCCCAUCACCUCACUGAUCGGUAUUUAAGGUAAGGAGGUGGUAGGUGAACUGAUUCCGCCGUUAAAUCUGUUAUUUAGCUUGUUUUGCCACUGAGCUCUUCAAGACCUGUCUGCUUUGGUCUGCAGCCGGCUCCUCCCGCCCCCCAGGUGGGUGUCUAUUACAGCUCUCCCCUGCAGUAACCAUUAAAGCCUUUUCUCCCAUCUCUCACUUACUCCACCAGGGUCAAGGUAAGAUAUUGUAUUUUGUUUUCUUUUUGGAGUAUUCUACUCCAUUGCUGAUAGUGGGUACACUCUGCUCCAAGUAAAUCUUUUUAAUUAUGUUGCUGUUGCUUGAUUUGUUACUGAUCUGUGACCUUGUUUGCUCCCCUAAAUCACUUUUAACCUCCAGAGAGUCAUUCAAGCCCCUCAUAUGUCCUGAUUUCAUAGCUCUAAGGAAGCAUGUAAACACAAGUAGAUUUAUUGAUCGCACAGCUAAUCUUUUUGAUUUAUCUUGGGUUUGUCUGGCCAUGGUGUAAUGUAAAAGUUGGUAGAAGAUUUAAAAGAAAAAAAAAAAAAGAAAAAUAAGCAAGUAAAAAAAAUGCAUUUUAGAGCAGCUCUGUCAGUGAGGAAUUAAAUGCACUGCAAUUUCAUUACUAAUAUGUCAGUCCCGUCCGCGGAUCUCUUUGACUUAUUUGAAACACUUAUGCAUUUAAAUAACUUAUUUAGUAGCAAUUGGUGCAGGAUGGAAUGAAGGCAAUAAAACAUUUAGAGAUGUCAAACCCCUUGCUGAGUCUGAUUUAACUUUCUGUGGUUCAUUUGUAGGUGUCUUUUAUAGCCACUAUAUAAAUCUUCAUGUACCUUCUUACAGACAAUGAUUUCCAUAACACAAUGUGCAUUAUCACAUGGAGUUGGUGAUGCAGUUUUUUUGCCCUGGGGAAUGGUGUUUUUUUUUUUUUUUUUAAUUUAUUUAUUCAUUUUUGCAUUUUGUAGGUUUUGAGAUUUUUAGAAAUUCUUUCUCUUUUUUUCCUGUUAUGUGGCAUUUUUGCAUCCUUGUGCUUACAAAAGCCCAACUAAAGUCUCUGAAAAGGCACAGUGCUUACGUUAAAAAGCCUGCAGGGACAGGCACUAGACACCAUAACUACAUUAAGCUCUAGUUAUUCUGGUGACUAUAGUGUCCCUUGUAAAUGCAGUUAUAAGAACACUUACUAAAAUGCUUGUAUUUAGUUUUCAAAGUAGGGUUGGCAAUUGGUGACCUGAAUAUUAGUUUGACCACUGCAUUAUGCAGAUUAAUGUGUGGGUUUUUUAACUGAUUCACAGCUGCGGGCUCUAGUAGUCUAAACUGGUGUUCAACGUUAUGGCCACCUACAACUAAUAUUUGUAAAUAGCAUGGAUAAAGGUUUAUAUAAUACAAAUGCAGCACAGACAUGCCAUUUUUACAUUGUUGAACAGUAUUAUGAGGUCAAACAUUUAAAUGCCUCCUUGAUAUCCCAAAUAGGGUUAUUCUAGCAUUGGUUAAAUCACGUUUAACAGGUACCAGAUCAUUCUCUCAAGAACACUGCUCUUUCUCUUAGGUUAUGCAUUACCUGGGACAGUAUAUAAUGGUGAAACAGCUCUACGACAAGCAACAGCAGCAUAUUGUCCACUGUGGCACUGAUGAACUUGGGGAGUUGCUGGGCAUUACAACCUUCUCUGUUAAGGACCCAAGGUAAUUUCUUUUUCUCUGCAAAAGUCUUAUUUUUCAAUACUGUCGAAUGACCCACUCUGUAACCAUAUCCCUUCGACACUUUUUCUUUCAUCGAUGCAAUCCUUGGUAGCCCAGUACAAAUAUAUUGUUAGCUUUUAUAACUUAAAUUUUUAGGUGUUCUUGCCUACUUUUGUGAGCUAGAUAUUACCUUUCUAAUUUAUUGGAUAUUUCUCCAGGUCACUUCUUUUUGUGUUAAGUUCUGUGUAUUGCUGACAACAAAUUAUAGUAAUAGAUAUUCCAAAUUCACUUUAUCUUAAAGGGACAGUCCGGGCACCAAUACAACAUUAAUGCAUUUAAUAGAUUUUUUUUUUUUAAAUUCUUUAUUUUAUUUGUGCAUACAUAAUUCACAUCUGGCUUACAAUGCCACAACAGCUAGAGUAAGCAUUUUUCAACAUAGCUUGACAGUAGUUAGGCAUUAGUGGAUACUGCACAAUUUUAUAUAUAAUAACAUUGCUUAUCUAAGUGUUGUUCUGUGUUGCUGCAUAUAGAAGGUAAAGUACAAGAUUAAACAUAGCAGAGAAAUAUAAGUUUAGUGCUAUAGAGUGAGGUGUUCCUAUUGCAGGUUAUGCUAGGUGUACUGGUAGUUGCUUAAGAGAUUCUACAUGUAGCUUAUUAAGCUAUUUAUAGCGAUUAUUCAUAGCAGAGUUUACACCUUGAGAGAACAGUAUGAUUAGUUAUUAGAGAGACUAACAUUACAUUUGAUAGAUUUUUAACCUCAUUAAUAUGUUGUAUUUUCGCAUGCUUAAAUCUUUAUAGUUCUUGUAUUAAAAUAAAAUGUUUUGCAGAAUGCUACACAAUAAGUCUCCAUCUGUAGCCACACCCCCUCACUCAGGAAAAUUACACCCUUAUCAAAGGUAUGCACAGUGUGAGAAACUAAACCGGUAAUGAUAUCCUUACUAUAUGUCUCUUUGGGUGUCCUCUAAUUCAAGUUGCUUUGCAGUUCAGAGCGGUCAGUGGCUGAGCUGUGUGCAUGUUUUUGUUAAGGAAGAUAUUUUUUGAGUGAGAGGGUGUGGUUAAAGAGGUAGGCUUAAUGUGCAGCAUUCUGCAAAAACUUUUUGUGUGCAAAAACUAUAAAGAUUUGAGCAUUUGAGAUUUGAGUACAAAAAUUGCAUAUGAAUUGGGCCUAAAUUUAUCAAAUGUGUUAAAUUUGUAUUGGUGAAAUGACGGUUAUGCCCCGAGAUUCAUCGGAUAAAUUUGCUCCACACCCUAUAUAGUUUUACCUAUAAACAUUAGGCAUAAUCUUCUCCUUUUCUUCAUAAUCAAACCAUGGAAGAUAACAAGAAUCAAAUUUAACCUAAUCAAAUUUAACCUACAAGGCAACACUUUAGAGUCCUCACAUGUCUAAUCCCCUCUUCCACGAUGGCAUAGUGAAACUAGCUGUUUAAAACCUCACACUCCGGCUCUCUGGCCCGCAUUGGAAACAGCAUAGACUUUUCCACUCAAAUAUAUUGACCCUUGCACAAAUACGGGCCAAUUUUUCAGCAUUUCCACAUACCUACAGAUUCAAAGUUGUACUACCUCGAUUCUACCACACUUUACUGGUAUUGAUUAGGCUCACUCCCUGGAUUUGGAAUCCAUCCCAAGUUCAAUGGUCUGCUUGUUUUUGUUUUUUUUUAAUGCCCAUACUCGCAUGGUUUUAGACCGUUCCCCCUUUUGCAUCUCCCUAAUCGGAUCCCCACUUUCAGAUAUACAUAAUGUCUUUUUGUUUUAUUAAAAUGAAAUCUGUCAUCUACUAUACACUCAUCAUAAUUUCCAGUAAUUAAUAUUUGGAGAAUAGUUGUAUUGGUGGUUGGAGUGUCCCUUUUAAGUAUCCCUAUUGCUGUAAUUUAGUUACUUCUCAGUAACUGUUACAGUUAACACAGGUGGAUGGUAAUUAUUUUAAGAUCUGCCAGCCAUAUGUACUCCUCUUAUCCAAAAUGAAAACCAUAUAAAGGUAAUAGCGAGAUAUUGAGAGACUAUACACUAGCCAGAAUUUCUGCAGUGCUUUGUUCACUCUUCAUAAGCCAAUGUUUUGGUCUUUUAAAAUAUGUCUUUAUUUUUUUUACAGUCCCCUAUAUGAAAUGCUGAAGAAGAACCUCUAUCGAAUCUCUUAUUCAGGUAGAUACUCACAUUUGCUUUGCUUUACUUACUGUCAAUGAAGGAGCUCAAAUUAGGUUGUAAUUUCCUUCCUCCCUUCAUGCUAAUCUGCAUUUUCACCAUUAGUUAUUGGAUCACACCAGUAUUCCCUAACAAGUACAUUUGGGUUGUGUUUAAAUGGUUUAGUUGUUCAUUUUGGCAAGUAGGCAAGUUGGAGAUUCCCAGAAAGUCUUGUUCAAAGGACUACUGUCCUCAAAUGUUCACUUCUCAUUUUUGAAAACUUUAAUACAUUUAAAAGAACACUCUGAGCACCAUAAAAGCUAAACUUUAAAUGAAAAUUUUUAUGGCACCAGGAAGUUCCUGGCGCUGGCUCACCAUUAGAAGUUAAACCAUAAAGUCUGCGUUCCAGUGACUGAUCACUCUGCCCCUUCACUGCCCUGUCCUUUCACUAUCUAAAAUCCUGCUGUAGGCCAAUCAGUGAAGCCCUUUCCAUUAGCUAGGAUUUCAGGUAGCGGAAGGAUAGAGGGAGCAAAGUGAUUUAUAAACAGUUUUGCACCCUAAAGGUGAGCUAGCAUCAGCGACCUCCUGGCACCAUAACUUAAUUGUUGGAGUAAAUGGUGUAUAUUGAUUGUUUUGAGAAAAAAAUAACUUAUCAGCUGCUUUGUGUGAGCCUGCAAAAGCAGGCAACUUAGGUUGAGCAGCAGCUUGUCAGAUAUUAGUUUCUGACCCAACAUGGCUGGUCAGCCAAAUAGUGAAAUUUUCUCAAACAAAUCAAUAUAAAUCAUUUAUAAAAAAAUAAGUUUCAAUAAAGCAGACUUGUUUAAAUAACAUUGAAAUAAAAAACACAUAGGUAAUCCUGUAAAGCCUUUGUCAGUUAUAUCAGAACACAUAACUUUCUUAGUGAUAAAGCACAUUCAACCCUUUCUUUGCCCCGGUAAAACUUUGGAAUAUAAGAACCUAUAUUACUGGGGAAGGGGUUUUUUGUUUUUCUUUUCCCAUUCACCUCACAGAUGCUGAACAGAGUCCCUCAAGAGACCACGUGCAGGAAGCUGGCAAAUUGGAUCAGGAGAAGGUAAAACCCGGUAUUUGUUGACCUUGUACAGAGUUUCCCUUCUCUGUACCUGCCGGCGUUGGAUCUCCAGAUCAGUUUUCAAACCGUUCAGGUUCCACUGGAGUCCACGGAGCAGGGACAGAGUCACCCUUCUCUGUUCCCAAAAUACUCUCACAGCUCUACACUCAAGGCUGUAAGAGUGAUGCAGCAGUUGUACCGGCCGCCUGACUCCAAGAUAUUUGCUAAAUUCAUCAUAUAUAAAGAUUAACCAUAAUGGGAUUUGGAAUGAAUUUAAACGGGAGGCUUGCCAUAUGUCCUUAAAACUUUCUUGACAUUUCAGUAAGAAAAUCUUUGGGAUUAAAAUAAAAAUGAACUUUUAAAUAAAUAUUAUGUUUCUUAUCACCAUGAAGGAUUGUAAUUCUGUGUUGGUUGAUAAUACAAAGUUUGAGAUCAUUUCUCCAAUAAAACAUCCUGUUUUUUACUUUACAAUUUAUCAAAGUGGUUUAACUUUGCCUAUAGUGCAGGUGGCCGGUAAUUAAUUGCUGCAUCUCCUUCUACAAAACCGCAGCAUAAUGGUACUAAUUCAUAUUCUCUCCACAUUGUUCAUUCUUAGAGUUUCGACGAAGGAAUAUUCAUCUCAGAAAGUCAAGAUGCUUGUGACAGUACAACUGGAGUUGCUUACUCAUCUCUUAAGCGUCCUGUGAUAGAAGGUGAAUUCACAGUGCUGUUUCUUACACGUUUGACUUUCCUUGUUUUCGUAGUUUUGAAACCAUGUUAGAGAAAAUAAAGACGGACCUCAUCACUUUUUUUAUUAAAGGAUCACGAAUAGGGUCCGGAACACAAACAUGUAUUCCUGAUCCUAUAGUGUUAAAACCACCAUCUAGCCCCCCUGGUCCCCUCGUGCAAAAUCUUACUGUAUUCAAGCCUGAAGCUGUAACUCUGCAUGCUAUUUGUCCCAGAAGAACAAGCAGUCUGCUGACUUCAUCAGAUGUGGUAGCCUGAUCCAAUCACAAUGCUUCCCCAUAGGAUUGGCUGAGACUGACAAGGAGGCAGAUCAGGGGCAGAGCCAGCAUGAUUCAAUCACAGCCCUGGCCAAUCAGCAUCUCCUUAUUUAGAUGAAUUGAAUCAGUGAAUCUCUGAGGAAAGUUCAGUGUCUGCAUGCAGAGGGAGGAGACACAAUGUUUGGAUGCAUUUUAGGCAGCCAGGAAGGAUCUCUAACAGCCAUCUGAGGAGUGGCCAGUGAAGUUAUCACUAGGCUGUAAUGUAAACACUGCAUUUUCUCUGAAAAGACUGUGUUUACAGCAAAAAGCCGGAAGGUAAUGAUUAUAAUCACCAGAACAAAUUAAAUAAGCUGUAGUUGUUCUGGUGACUAUAGUGUCCCUUUAAACACAUUAUGCAAGCACAGGAUUCACAUGCAUACACUCCAUAUCAGUAUGCAUAAGCAUUUGCAUAUUAUAUAGCGCCAUCAGUUUCCAUAGCGACCUACACACAGACACUUUUAUACACAAUUACAUGAACUUUUAAUUCUGUUGCUUCUACAUUUUGUGUUUCUCUCUAGCUCUUGCUCUCCUCUUCCUUCUUCCCUCCCUCCCCCCACUCCCCUAUGCAAUAAGGCAAGACUAAAGGUUACUUAUCACUGCAAAGCUAUGUGAUCUUUAUCACUUGCCUAGCAUUUACCUAUUUCUUAGCAUUUUGGUACCUGCUGUACUAACUAUUCCUUGUGUACUGCAUAUUUACUGCUAAGGAAAUCAAGGAAAAUACUAUGUAAAUAUGUUUUAGGUGGCACAAUGGUUGGAUAAAAUCAAAAGGCUUAACAUUUAAUCAUAGCAGUUUGGAGUCAAAUAUAUUUUAAAAUACCAUAUGUAUCUGAAGGAACUUGUCAUAUUUCUCCUACAAAUUUAUCAUGCUGUCUAGGAGCAUUGCAGGUUGUUCAGGAUUUGAAGUCAGCACUGCAUGGUUCCUGAAUUGUUUGUCUGACAAACCAAUGUCUACAAUGUUUACAGAGUUUUAACUGCCCGUGCUUUGAUGUAUUGUUUAAUGCCAUUCCUUUUGGUCACAGAUGUCAUCCAAGCAGCCACUGCUACAGUAUGGAUUGCACUGGGACACAAGUGGUGUGAGUUGAAGGGCUGAAUUUCCAGUCACUAGAGUCUAGUGGGAGAGGGGUAAUUUUGAUCCCUGAAUCAUGUGUUCAAGAUUGAACUACAUCAAUAUUCAUAGGGACACUACUUAAAGUGGUUUGUCUGGAGACCAUUUUUAUGGCGAAACUCUAAAUCACUUGCUUUUUCCACUGGUGAAUGGGCACAAAUACCAUGAGGCUGUCAUCUUAUUAGUAAAUAAACUGUGUGCUAAAAUAGAAUGUAAGCAUUUGUGAUCUAAACAAUUUUCCACUCAACUAGAUCCACACUUUCUCAAAGCUUUUAACCCCUUAAGGACACAUGACAGAAAUAUUCCGUCAUGACUCCCUUUAAUUCCAGAAGUUGUGUCCUUAAGGGGUUAAUUAAUGGGACACUAUAGUCACCAACACUACAGCUUAUUGUAGUUGUUCCACUGAAUAUAGCAUGUCCCUGCAAGCUUUUUGCUGUAAAUACUGUCUUUUAAGAGAAGAGGCAUUGUUUACAUUACACACAGAUAACGAGAAGGGCUGCGCCAAAAGGAUAGAAAUAUGAAUGAACUCAAACAAUAAAUAUAAAAUUUGUAUUCUAGUAAAUGAGUCUUUGUUAUGAAUAAAGUCUAUUUAGUUACUUGGAAGUGUAGAGUCCUCAAUGUUCUAAGUGUUUCAGCCGUUCGGUGUAUAUAUAAAAGACAAAAGCGAGGGUAGCCAAUGGUGCAGUAUGUACAAACCAAUAGGAUUAAAAUGAAGAAAUAUAUACAGUCAACUCACAUUUUAAAAAGCUAUAGCCAGCUCACGGUGUGGAAGAUGUACAGCAGUAUAAUCCCUGAUUUAGAGGAAAUGUGGUCAACAUCCUCCAGAGGGAUGGUGUCCAACACUCAGGUGAAAAGUGUAUAUAUAAAAAAAACACAAAAAAAAACAGUGCUUUCAGUAAUAUAAAAUAAUGCAAAUGGACAUAAAUAAAAAUUAGAACCUAGCUAGAAGGAUUUUAUAUAGGUGUAUGGACAUUUAAAAUUGGCAUCAAAAUGACGUCACAGGUUUGUAGCCAAUCGGGUAAAGACAUAUUUUACAUAUUUACAAAUGUGUUUACAGACUUUCAAUGCAAUUUAUACGUGUAACUUGAUUUCUUAUAUAAAUUGGAAUAAAAACGAGUGUUUACUGCUUUAAUCUAAACCAUUAUAGCGAGUCACGUGAAACAGAUGAAAACAGAAAUGACAAAUGUACAUUUAUAGGAAAUUCUUAUAUGGUUAUCCAAACCCAAAUAAACAUAUUUUUAAAAAUACAGAAAUAAGAACAUUUAAAAAUGACAACAUUCAUGGAUUGUUUCUAUAUCCACAUACCUUUUGCAUUACAAGAAAUUAUUUAUUUAAAAAAAACAUCUAUUCUAAAUUGUUUCAAAAAUACAAAAUACUAAAAUGCAAUCUGUAUACACCAUCUUAACAACAAACAGAUACCUACUAGCACCACCAUGCAUCAAAAAGUGGGAGGAAGACCUCGAGGAACCCAUGACAGAAGCGGACUGCGACAAAAGUAUCACUCUGAUACAAAAAACACCGAGCUCGGCACGCACACAAGAAAACUCGUACAAGAUACUCACCAGAUGGUACCUAACACGCCAGGAACCCGGAAAUCCCAGACACAUGCUGGAGAUGCGAGGAGCAGACUGGUACAUAUGGUGGACUUGCGCUCGCAUUAGACCAUUCUGGGAAAAAAUCCGGACGAUAAUACAUGAGGUUACAGAUGAGCUCCUGCCACACUCCCCAGCCGCUUUCCUUCUACACCAUACCACCAUGGCGACAUCAACAUACAAGAGAUCUGUCAUCUCUAGACUCCUAAACGAUGCGAAAGUGACCAUCCCCAUCUAUUGGAAACAAACUAGCACACCUCCCAUAAUGAAGUGGAUAGAGGAGGUGGAAGCCACAAGGACACUUGAAGACGUGAAAGCAGAAACCCUGAACCUCAGAGACCGACACACCAAACGCUGGUUCCACUGGACGAGGCUAACUGCGUCAGACUCCUUCAGACAACACCUAAACGCGCCGUAAGCAGAGACUGGAGGGAGAGAGAAAUACAACAAGACAAACCGAAGACGGCGAGACGCAAUGAGCCGGGCAGGCGACGGGUGGCGGGCAGCAGACCACCCUGACACACACUCAGUCAACACCACGACACAAUGACAACUGAUGACACCGGAGACGAAUAGACCGCCUACAGACACAACACUCGCGAGCCACACACAUAGCCACCUAAGGGGCUACAAACACGAAUAAAGACAACUAACCAUAUAGCUAUUACACUAACGGACGCCAAACAACACCAAGCAGGACCACAACCUAGCACUAACACCACACCCAACUCCUCGACACAUAAGACGACAACGAAACCAAAGCUAGCACAGUAAGUGCGAUAAUGGGUACACAACAACACACACAACUAAAGACUACAAAACAAGUCAAUACCCCCAAAUGCCUCUAUGAAGGCAACAUGUUCCCUCCCCCACACAUACAGCUGUCUACGCCUCUGCACAGACACCUAUCUGCUAAACCAGAAAUACAUACACCAUAGAUAAUCUACUGCAAAACCAAUAAACAUAUUCCAAAUAAAGUCGACACACACACACUGAAAACCAGACAUCCAGGCAGGCAACCGCGCAAUAGGACCGAGGGAUACCCAACACUUAGAAUACACAAACCACCGAGGCCCCUUACAACAUACGCUAAAGCACCCUAACCCACUAAACUGAAUAGACACACCGAAUACAAGGAUAACUACAGAACAGAAAUGGUUACACAUGACCAUGAAACACCAAGAUACACAAGGCAACAGAUACAGAGACGCAAGAGCAGUUAGCAGGCACACGUACCAGAGCACGAUAGGACAAGGUUAAACAUCAGAUAAAAGCCUGAUGGAGGGGACACAAAUAGGAAGUUAACUGACCGAAUGCCAUUAACAGAGAAGCAGGAUACAACAGAGCCGCUAAGGCACCCCGGGUUUAGACACAACGCAACACAUCAGCAAAAAGACACAGAACCCGCAGGCACAGACAAUUAAAAUGCCCAAAGCAGGAACACUCAAAACCACAUACGUCUGUGCAAACGCAAUAAAGACACACUACUAGCCGCAUAGCUAUACAAUACGAGCAAAUACAUAUGCAUAUAUAUGCUGUACCACAAACGCAACGACUAACCAGCCUCUGCGUAGGCGACGAGAGACAAACAAAUGUACCCCUUCUUUAAUGUUUGAACGACUGAUCAUAGUGAUAUCCCUAUCAUUCAUACCCAACAUAAAUAAGUCUUGCAUAUGCCUCCCUUACCUAACAUCACACAUAGACAAAUAGCCCCGACCUAGGCGGCAUGCACACACGAAAUAGAUACCCAGAUGGGGAGCAUAGUAUUUACGGUUUAUAACGUUAUGAUUAGGCCUCCUCUACCUAACGCAUUAUACGAAUACGAGGCUUUAACUAUUGCGGCAUGCACACACGCAAUAGACGAUGAGUCGCUGAAAAAGGCAUACCACUACCCACACUAAAACAAAUGUAUCUACGGGUUAUCACUCAGUGGCAGAACGACUACUUCUCGACCACAUUGCCUCAUUAGGCCUUAGAUUAACGUAAAGCACUAUCGACUUCCCAAAGUCAUCAUAUGGCUAUUAAGAUACGCUGACACACACGGAAAUACAGAAACUAAAUGUGAUAAACCUGGAUGAUCUGAAACGCAUGCCUUCAAGUGGACAACUAUCUGCUUUUAUGUACACAAACCGUUAAACACGCUUCUGCGCAUGCGAAUAUAUGCAUGUAUACACUUGUUCAGACCUGCAAAUCUCUGCGUAGGUGAUUGUUCGCAUUAACAGAAAACUGUUUGAUACCUGCAUUGUUGUUGUAAUGACAAUAAACAUAUUUAAUACAAAAAUGCAAUCUGCUCAGGAGAAUAAAAAGGAAACGUUCUAAAAUAUAUAAACAUUAUAAAAAAUUCUUUAAAAAAAUGUAAAAUCAAAUUCUAUAUUGAGUCCCUUUGGCUCCAAAGUGUCUAGUUUGUACACCCAUUUCAUUUUUUCUUUUCCUAUAUUGUUUAUAUGAUUACCACCUCACCAAGAUUUAUUAACUAUUUUGAUCCCUAAAAAAGUAAGACCAUUUGGAUCCGGAUUGUGAUAUUUUUUUUAAAUGCGCUGAAACGCUGUGUUUCUCGUAACUCUUGCGGAUGUUGUUUAUAUGUUCAUAAAGCCUCUUGUGUAACGGACGAAUAGUACGACCCACAUAUUGUAGGCCGCAUGGACAAAUUAAAAGAUAAAUAACGUUCUUACUAAAACAAGUAAUAAAAUCCUUUAUAUAAAAGACCUCAUCUUUAUAUUUUGUCCUAAAUUCCAAAAGGGUAUUAGUAAAUUUAGGACAAAAUAUAAAGAUGAGCAUAACCUUCAUCACUAUGUAUUUUACUUAGGACGUUUGCGACUUUAUUAUUUAGAAUCUGGGUUAGGGGAUCUCCUUAUCUAUUACUAUCUAGGACUUAUACACUCAGUUUACUUUAUCUCUAGUUAGCCGCUUAUCCCUACUCUGAGCUCUUCAGUUAUCCUAUUAUAGGUUCUUGAGAGAUAUGUAUCAUCCUGUCACUCGACUUCUGUCGACCUAGGGUACAUUGAUCUUACGGAGCACUUUUUCUCCUACUAUAGAUGCAUUCAGUACGCGGCAUCUAGACAACGCUAAUAAGUCUUUGGUUGAUCUAUAAUUUUUUUCCUAAGGGGUUAAGGUGUUAUAUUAUAGAGGCUUAUUUUUACCUCCUUGUGCCCGGCCGGGCCGAUCAACUACCCUUUUCCCUCUUCGCAAGGCACCCUGUCUAUGUCUAGCUCUGGGUAAUAGAGGGAGGAUUAUAAUAGGGGUUUAAGGAUUUCCUAUCGGCUAGUAUACCGACUUUAUUACUAGUUCGAGUUCACACUGCCGCUCAUCCUCCCCAAAUACUCCUAUUUGCCCUGUCCGCAGUAUUGAUCUUGGAGCUCCCCCAACGAUAGGAAGUAAUUUGAAUAUAUCCUCUGGGGAUAUCCUUUUUAGGCAAUACUCGUAUGUGCAACUAUAUGCAUUUUGUUCUAUUAAGGGUUUCAUUAGUGUCUAUCACCCUAGUGGAUACAUUUUACUUCAUUGUGCUCACACCUCUACUUUAUAUGUGUUACAAAUGAGCUGUUAAGUUACUCUAUUCUAAUAGUAGCCACCCUAUAUACUGUGUGUUCGCUGCAUAUUUUGCAUAUUAGCAGAUGAUUCUAUUUUUAACACUACUGUACAUACUUUUCACAUUGGUUUAUUUCUUUCCCCAAGAGGGACUAAUAAAGAUUUAUAGUUUUUUAUUUAUUUAUUUUUUUAGUUCUAUUUAUGCUCUAUGACUGGCAAUCUAUUGCAUUACAUUGGUGGAGCAGCCACAUUCAGGGUAUAGAGACUGAGUUUGAUUGCACUGUUCCAGUUAACCCAUCCCAGUCUCUUCUAUUUUUAUUAUUACUUUGGGUUAUGUCCUAAUACCCUUCAACCAACACAACUCCAGUGAAUGAUCGUUUUGGUCUUUCACUGUUGCUGUAUUCUCUCUAAAAGGGGAAACGAAUAUGAGAUCGACGCAUUACAUGCAAAGCAAGAAAAUUCAAGCCGUGAUUUGUCAUAAGUGUGAUGAUUAUGGCUUACAGUUUAUGAAAACCCCCAAAUCCACAAUCUCAGUAAAUUAGAAUAUUACAUGCAAUCAAUAAAACAAGGAGUGUACAUAGAACGAUAUCAGACCUCUGAAAAGUAUAAGCAUGCAUAUGGACUCAGUACUUGGUUUGGGCCCCUUUUGCAGCAAUUAUUGCCUCAAUGCAGCGUGGCAUGGAAGCUAUCAGCCUGUGGCACUGCUGUGUUAUGGAAGACCAGGAUGCUUCAAUAGCGGCCUUCAGCUCUUCUGCAUUGUUUGGUCUCAUGUCUCAUCUUUCUCUUGGCAAUGCUCCAUACAUUCUCUAUGGGUUUCAGGUCAGGCGAGUUUGCUGGCCAAUCAAGCACAGUAAUCCCACAGUCAUUGAACCAGGCUUUGGUGCUUUGGCAGUGUGGGUAGGUUCCUGCUGGAAAAUGAAGUCAGCAUCCCCGUACAGCUCGUUUGCGGAAGGAAGCAUGAAGUGCUCCAAAAUCUCCUGGUAGACGGCUGCGUUGACCCUGGACUUAAUGAAGCACAGUGGACCAACACCAGCAGAUGCCAUGGCUCCCCAAAUCAACACAGACUGUGGAAACUUCACACUGGACUUGAAGCAUCUUGCAGUGCGUGCCUCUCCCUUCUUCCUACAGACUCUGGGUCCUUGGUUUCCAUAUGAGAUGCAAAUGUUGCUCUCAUCAGAAAAGAGGACUUUGGACCACUGAGCAACAUACCAGGUCUGUUUUUCUUUGACCCAGGGAAGAUGCUUCUGACGUUGGUUUUUGUUCAGGAGCGGCUUGACAAGUGGAAUACGACAUCUGAAGCCCAUGUCCAGGAUCCGUCUGUGUGUGGUGGCUUUUGAUGCACUGACUCCAGCCUCAGUCCACUCCUUGUGAAAGUCCCCAACACUUUUGAACGGCCUUUCCUGACAAUCCUCUCCAGGCUGCGGUCAUCCCUGCUGCUUGUGCACCCUUUUCUUCCACAUAACUUUCUAUUAAUGUGCUUUGAUACAGCACUUUGGGAGCAUCCAACUUCCUUUGCAAUUACCUUUUGAGACUUUCCCUCCUUAUGGAGGGUGUCAAUGAUGGUUUUCUGCACAACUGUCAGGUCAGCCGUCUUCCCCAUGAUUUGUGAUUCCUACUGAACCAGACUGAGAGACCAUUUAAAGGCUCAGAAACCCUUUGCAGGUGUUAUGGCUUACUUAUCUGAUUAGAGUGGGACACUGUGAGCCUAGAAUAUUGCACUUUUUCGCAAUAUUCUAAUUUACUGAGAUUGUGGAUUUGGGGUUUUCAUGAUCUAUAAGACAUAAUCAUGGCACUUAUGACAAAUCAUGGCUUGAACUAUCUUGCUUUGCAUGUAAUGCGUCUAUCUCAAAUUAGUUUCCCCUUUUACAUUGCAUUACUGAAAUAAAUGAACUUCUGCACGAUAUUCUUAUUUUUAGAGUAUCACAUGUAUGUAUGUGUGUGUAUAUAUGUGUAUAUAUAUGAUACCGGCACUCAAGGAAUUUCGAAAGUUUAAUUUUCAAUGUGCAUCUGAAAUCGACGUUUCAGCUCCUCCAUCGGGAACGUCGUGCCCGUUAAUUUAGUUUGCUGCUACUUCCUGGUUAGUCAUCUGACCACGAAGAUGGUCCUGAUAGGUUGAACCUCACGUCGACUAGACAACCAAGGACGCUCACGUCCCAUUGGAAGAGAUUCAAUAUUAUGAAUACAGAUUUCAGACAGACUUAAUCUGUCAGCCGGUAGCACAAAGACGGCACCUGAAACUUGUUCCCCGCAUGUUACCCGAUGGUUAGAUGGAGAUGUCCGAGCUUACAAAGUACUUCAUUAAUCCACAACUGUUUAAACACCCUAGAUUAGGCUAUUAUCCAGUAAUAUUCAUUUUUAUUAAUAUAAUUAUGCAUGGUUUUUUUUAUUGAUUUUUGUAUUGUACAAUUAGGGUGCUAUAUACAGCAUCUUUCACAUGGGGGAUAUUACUGGAUAAUAGCCUAAUCUAGGGUGUUUAAACAGUUGUGGAUAAAUGAAGUACUUUGUUUGUAAGCUCGGACAUCUCCAUCUAACCAUCGGGUAACAUGCAGGGAACAAGUUUCAGGUGCCAUCUUUGUGCUACCGGCUGACAGAUUAAGUCUGUCUGAAAUCGGUAUUCAUAAUAUUGAAUCUCCUCCAAUGGGACGUGAGCGUCCUUGGUUGUCUAGCCGACGUGAGGUUCAACCCAUCAGAUGACUAACCAGGAAGUAGCAGCAAACUAAAUUAACGAGCACGACGUUCCCGAUGGUGGUUGGCGAUGAACAACAGCUGAAUGUGAGUAUGUAAUUUUAACAUUUCUUAUAUAAGUGUGUUUUUUCACUGUUAAGAAUGUCUGUCCUGAUGAAAGCUCCCUAGAGGAGCUGAAACAUCGAUUUCAGAUGCACAUUGAAAAGUAAACUUUUGAAAUUCCUUGAGUGCCGGUAUCCUUUCUUUAUCUACAUCUGAGCCACCAGAGCACCAGGUACUGUGUUUGUUUUUUAUUUUAUUUAUUUUUUUAAGUUGGAGUGCGAGGGCUCUUUGUGUGUGUGUAUGUAUGUGUAUAUAUAUUUUACACACACACACACUCUCUCUGCAUUCAUUAUAUAUAUAUAUAUAUAUAUAUAUAUAUAUAUAUAUAUAUAUAUAUAUAUAUAUAUAUAUAUAUAUAUAUAUAUAUAUACACACACACACUCUCUCUGCAUUAUAUACACACACACACACACACUCUGCAUUCAUUAUAUAUACAUAUACACACACUAUACAAACACACUGCAUUAACUAUAUACACACUACACAAACACUCACUGCAUUCACUAUACACACUACACAAACACUCACUGCAUUCACUAUACACACUACACAAACACUCACUGCAUUCACGAUACACACUACACAAACAUUCACUGCAUUCACGAUACACACUACACAAACAUUCACUGCAUUCACGAUACACACUACACAAACACUCCAUUAACUAUACACACUACACACACAAUAUUAUACUAUAUAUGUCUGUCUUUUGUCCUUUUUAUGUUCCUUAAAUUGGAGCUGUGGCUUAUCUCAACAAUGCUGAUAGUGUUGCUAUUUAUCUAUGCACUAUAUCACUUUAAGUGUUUUUUUUGCAGUUUGCACUCUUAGAUAUUUUACACAUAUAAGUUGAUUGUUUAUAUAAAUUUUAUCACUUGUGAGAGAGUAUAUUGCGACUAGCCCUGGGUACACAAGUACCAAUAACUCAGUAUGUGCAGUGUUUCAAACAGAAAAACGACACAUACUGACUCCUGCUGCCAUGACCACUUCAGAAAGCAGAAGUGGUCAUAGUGGUUGCACUAACCCUUUAAAUCUCCCCCUAACACUUCCUGUACCCUAUGACCACUUAUGAAUUUUGAGGAAAUGUACAUAUCACAGAUACAAAUGCUACAUAUGCUUUCCUUUGGGUACGAGAUCCUGCGUAAACCUACAUUGGAGUGUCUAUCGGCUUUCCCUAAACCAUGUGAGCUAUUAACUUAAUGUCAAAACUGUGGCUAAAACAUUUUUAUCUAACCCUCCAAUCCUAUGUCAGUUCUACAUUCACUGAAGUUAAUUACAAGUUACUUUUAAGAUGGUCACCCACUUUAAGAGUUCAUUAAUUCCAUAUAGUGACUAACAUUUUGAAAAAGGUGCUUCAUAUGUUUUACCAAAUAGUAGUGUGUGUGUAUGUGUAUUGUUUGCUCAUGCGUCCUAACUGCUGUUUUAUUCGUUAGGUAUUGAAGAUUCACCCAACUCUAAAUACCCACGCCUAGAUCUUGCAUUUGAGGAGUGGGAUGAAGCUGGGCUACCCUGGUGGUUUUUGGGAAAUUUGAGGACAAAUUACAUUCCUCAGAGUAAUGCAUCUACUGACAUUCCUUCUAACCAGGUAUGAACCGUUUAAAGCUUAGUUAAUACCAGACGAAACAUACACAACUGUAAUGCUUCAAAAUGGGGGGUGCCUUCUUUUGAAACAACUGCAAAAACCAAUGUGAGAGAGGCUUAACUUGAUAGAGGCAUGUCUUAGGCACUGACAAUUCACUGUUUAGUGAAUAACUUUCCAUGGUUGUUAAUGAAAAAAGUGACCUGUUGAGAAUUCUCAUUGUAUUUAAAAUCCGCUGCCUUGUAAAUAUCUUCAGUAUCAGUUAUGUUUUAGUUAAGAUAUUUUGGUCUGAAAUUUUAAAUGCUCUUUGACUUAGUCUUUUUUUGCUUGUUUUUAUUUUAUUUUAUAUUUUUGCAGUGCAUAAGAAUAUUACAAGAAGGCAUGAGGUACCCAAACGGCUAUACUCAGGCUUAUUCUCACACUAUACAUUUGGGGUAACUGAGAACACAUGCAGACUUUUAUAAUAUAGGUAGAUUGAGUAAAGAGUAUGAUGUAGAGGAUAGGUAGCUAGGUUCAAGCAUAGACACGUGUGUGUGUGUGUGUGUGUGUGUAUAUGUGUUUAGCAGGUCUAGUGCUAAACACGAAUAUAGUCAGGCAAAGUCAUAUAGCUAUGGACCGUUGGUGUAAUAGACCCCAGGAGACCCUUUGAAGACUAUGUAGUGGGAGGCAGUAUCGGGUGAUCCAGGGGGUUUGAGCUGACCAUAUGGAAAACAGUCCUGCCCUCUAAAGUAGAUCAUAUCAGAGUGAGCUGCAAACUAAAGCAAUGUGUCAACAGUGUUCAUGAAGCUGGCGAUGCAGAUGCACUUUGCCAGGGUAAGUCACUCUUCUAAGUUGCCGAUCAGCAUACGCCUUGUUUGGGCAGAGUACAGACUUAUGCCGACGGGCAGCAGCUCGGGUAUGUCAGUCCAUGUGUAGACAAACACUAGGUGCCUGGUUGGUGGGAGCUUGGACUCGUGUGAGUCUUCAUGGAUACUUGCAGGCUCCAGGGGACUGCCAUCCUGCACUUGCUGCCUCCUUGAAGGAUCCCUGGUCGCCUGCCUCAGGAUGGUUUCCGUCCUCCUGGGCAGGUCGUUGUCAGAUGUCGUUGCUGUCUUCCGUUUAGGUCUGCUAGGUGGAGUGCGCGGCGGAGUUUGAGGCUUUGUUUGAGGUUGUGGGUUGCAGAAGAGCCUCUAGCUUACCAAAGAAAGCUUGGCAGGUCUUAUCUAGACGGAGCUCCACCUCAGACUUCUCGCUUUGAGAGCCAAAUUAGAACGCUGCUUCUGCCAUUUUGAAAGCAGUGCUGCUGUUUGUAUCGGGUCGCUACAGCGCUCUCUCCAGGUUGUGCCGGGAUCUCCAUAGGGCAAAACGGGAUGACCUCCACCAUUACAGUCGGGGGGAGGGGAACGUGGGUCUUGUAACCGGUUUCCAGCUUUGACUGUCAGCGGGGGAGCAUCCGUCUUCCACCCGCUAACCACACGUGUAGGCCCUGCCUGAGGUACAGGGGAUUUCUGCCGGUAGUGUCGUUUGUGUGGCAUCAUUGUGAGCCCCUCUUUGUCACGUUCUGCCUGGUGGCCUUUUUGAACCGGUUCGGUCCUGUUUAAGCGGAUUUCAGCAACACAAUUUGUGCUGUGUAGAAGGAGCUGGACAGGUUGGCGUUCUCUCAGCUCAGCGAUCAGAACCUUUCAUAUCACUUAGAAGAAACUUUCGAAAUUGACUACAUUUAAUCUCCUUCAACUGUAAGUUAUGAAGCAUUAAACAAGGACACAAGAAUCCAAUGUCAUUUUCUUUGCAGGACAUAGAUACAGCCCUUGUAUCUGAUACCACCGAUGACUUGUGGUUCCUUAAUGACUGUCGAUCGGAUCAGAUCAAUGUUGAAGUGAAACUGGAUGCUGUAGAUUCGCCGAAUAGCGAGGGUGAAGAAAUAAAGGAAGAUGAAGGCAAGAAGGUGAGCAUAGUUGCACAUCCUAUACACUACUUUUGUUUCCGUACCCUUGUUUUAAAUAUUUUCAGUAAUUCAGAUAUUGAUACCAAUAUCAAAAAUUCUGUUCCGCUACCAACAAACUACAGUACUUAAAAACAUGUUAAAAAAAAAAACGCAAUUUCAGUUGUAAAAAUAACUUAUUUUAAUUAUAAGGUAAUGCCUUAAUGUUUACAAUAGAACAUUUAUUGAGGGGGUUGCCAGUCUACUCAGAAAUUUAUAUAGACUGGAGGGUUGUAUUGUAGAAAUUGUAAUAGUAUGCAUGAAAUGGUAAGCAGAUGUUUAUAUCAGUGACUCUGUAUCUUGGGAUUGGAAAGUUGUCUUCAUCCCAAAAUCAAAUUUUUGCAUUAAAGUGUUUUAAUGUUUGUGGUUUAUGGUGAUGAUUGUGUGAAGAAGGCUAGUCUCAGCAGCCUGCAGCUUCCUUUAGGUCUAGUUUAUUGUCUGAGAAUGUUGAUUAGUGAAAUAAUCCCUGCAUCUCUCUAGGCCUAGUUCAGUGAAGAGGGUUGGUAAGUGGCACCUAGCCCACACCAAGGCACUUUUGGACCUUAAUCACUACAGCACUCAGUAGUGGUUAUUGUACUUUGAGUGUUCCUUAUGUUUCUGGGUGCUUGUUUAAUACAUAUGUGCCCGUUCUAAGAUGUUUCAAUUGUGGCUUUCAUAGUUUGUUGAAGAAACCCUUUCUACUAUUUACUUUGUUUAUGCAGCCUUAGCCACACCUCCUGUGACUUACACAGGCUCCCUACACACUUCCUGUAAGUAGAUGUUAUUUUUAAACCUUUAAUGCAGAGUUUGUUGAAUUUUGAAUUUCCUCUCUCCUGCUCUGUUAAUACCAUGCAGAUCAUCAUAUGUGAGAAUUUAAUUCAUAGAUUAUGCUGUAAGAUCUGAUUGAAAAUUAGUGUGUUUCUUUAAAGUGGAUUGUAGUACAGGUCUUCAUACUUGACAUAACAUAUUACACGUUUUGAUGGUUAUGCUGUCCUAGUUUGAUUUAUUGCCUACCUUAAUUUGCAGUGACUAGUACAAGGUUAUUGGUAUAAGUUAUUUGAUAACUGAAGACUAACACAAUACCAGUCUACUGCACUGACAUCUACUCUGUCAUGGUUUUGCUAGAUUACUUCCUUAUUACCUGUUCCCUUUUCUGUACCCUCUCAGGUGAUUAAAGUUACUAUUUACGAGGAUGAUCCAGAGGAUACUCAGAGUUUAAGUGAUGAUACAGACACUGAAAUCACUUCUGAGGUUUGUCAUUUAAACAUUGUUGCUUUCUCUAUUUUAGUUGCAGUGUUAAUAUUCUGAAUAGCAGUUUUGUGUGUGUAUCUAUACACACACACUUAUUAUAUAGUGCCAGCAAAUUACGUAGUGCUGUACAAUGGGUACUUACUGAAUAGAAUUAUAUUACUGAUUGUGUUGUUAUUUGUAUAUACGUACAUACAUGAAUAGUUCAUAUAGCACUGGUCAGGGAGCCUAAAUACAACAUUUUGGAUUGUUCCUGUUAAUGGUAAUUUUUGUUUUGUUUUGGCUUCUACUUUGUAAUGUCUCAUGUUUUUCUGUUUUACUUUAAUGAGAGAAUGUGAAAAAUAUUCUGUUUUCCUCAGGACUGCUGGCAGUGUGCAAAUUGCCACAAAUUAAACUCUCCAGUAAAGCGUUACUGCUUCCGCUGCUGGGCGCUACGAAAAGACUGGUAUAUGGACUCUCCUCGUCUCACCCACACUUUGUCAACACCUGCACUUCGUGCCAAGGGCUUCUCUGAAGAUGACCAGAAUGGAAUUGACAUCCCUGACUGCCGGAGAACAGUGUCUGCACCAAUGGUGCGGCCACAAGGAGCUUAUAACAAGCAACCUUCAUCCUCCCUGGAUCCCUUAGACCUGGCAGCAUGUUCAAGAAAUUUCUCAGAAAGCACAGAUACAUUACUCAGUUGCCAGUCUGAUGAAGUGUCCUUGGAGUCUAGCCGACCACUGUUGGAACCUUGCCAGCUUUGCCAUAAAAGGCCUCGUAAUGGCAAUGUGGUCCAUGGGCGCACUGCCCACAUGGUGGCUUGCUUUCCUUGUGCACGCAACCUUAAAAGAAGUCAGAAGGGAUGCCCAGUGUGCCAGAAGCCCAUACAGAUGGUGGUGAAAACAUAUGUUGCAUAAAUACAGCAUCGUGCUGCAUGAUUGAACCUUUGUUUUUUUUGUUUUUUGGGUUUUUUUUACCCCCACUUUUUGCUGCCAACACAUGUGGGGUAACUGGACCAUUGUUAUGGAAACAGGCAUUUUUGUAUUUUAAGCUCAUAUUUGUGUUUUUGUUCCUCAAGCACCUUGUAUUUGUUUAUUUUAUUGUGGAGACCAUGAAGGCUUUUGCGUUGAAGUACAACAGAGCAAAACCACUUUUAUUUUGUUUACUGGGGAUGUUGGGAAGAGUCCUCUUGUCUCUCAAACUCUUGGGACAGAGGUUUAUUCCUGUCCUCAAAAGAGAAUGUGCUAUCACUGCCAAUAUAGCUAACUGAAAUGUUGUAUUAAAGUUUAAUUUCCUCAAGCCAAGCAGAAUGGAGGAUAUACAUUGUCAGAUAAUAUUUAUAAAGAUAUAUUUAAUGAAAGCUGUGUAUUUAUGUAUGGACAUCGACAUGUGCAGUCUUUAAAACAAAUGUACUUGGUGUCUCUAGAACAUGAGGAGUAAUAGUAGUUUCUAAAUUUAGUCCGUAAAGCAGCUAGUUUGGCCCUUUCCAACCCCACCCUCACCCCAGCAAUAAGAAAACAAAAAAAUUAGCAUACCAUAAACAUAUGGGGGGGAGGCAGUUUCAGUGGAGCAUCCUGCAGUCUCGAGGAAUUUUCCAUAGUCCUCAGAGUUGUACUUUUCUGCAGUCGCUAGAAUACUCCAUGGACACCAGCACCUGAUAGAAAAAUUUCUGAGGAGGACCUCACAGAAGAGGAUUCGGCAGCGCAAGAGACUUUCAGGUAAGUCAAAAUUAGCUUUUCCCUUUCACCCCGGGGCUGCCAGAAUGCUAGCGGAGCAGUCACCGUCUGGGGUCUUUGUAAAACAUGCAGAGACCCAGAAGCUGAUAGAACCCCUUUAAGAAUAGAACCAUUAGUUUGUGGUUCCUAAACCUGGAUUUCUAUACAUCGUUUAUUACUUCAGUAAAUUCCAGAAGGAGUACUAAAGUAAUUGUAGCUUUACAUCUGUAAAGUUACAUUUGGAUUCCAUGGCAUUAGAACAUUAAAGACUGUAUAUCAAACUUCACAUGCUACUCACAAAUUGUGUUUAUUAGCCCACCUCUCUAGAAUAUGUAUAUGUGAGAAUAUAUAGGUAUAUAUAUUCUAUCUAUAUCUGUCUGUCUGGAGUAUUUAUUUGUCCAACAUGACUUUCUGAAUCGGGAGGGCAAGCACAUACCCAUCUGGCAUGCAUGUAUAUACACAAUUGUAAGCAUGUGGUCCAUUGGUAAGAAUUGCAGCAUGUUACUACAGCAUGUGUGAUAGGAGGCUUCACUUUGAUGCUAUAUUUGUAUUCUUUACUGCUACGUGGAUGGAUUAGCAGUUAAAAAUCAGAGAGGUAACAUUUUAAGCUACACAGUUAGCAUAACCUAUAGAAUGUAUUUGCAUAUAAAGUGGCAGCAUAUAUAUAUAUUUUUUUUAAGUGCACUCUAAUGCAAUUAAAGUUAAUGAAUGCAUUUUCUUUUUUUUCUUUUUCUUUUUUUUUUUUUUGGUACUACACACAUUUGCCAUGCAACUAAAUGACCCUUUUAACCCCUUAAGGACCAAACUUCUGGAAUAAAAGGGAAUCAUGACAUGUCACACGUCAUGUGUCCUUAAGGGGUUAAACCUAUUCCUUCCACCUUUUUUUGCCCUUUCUUUUCGGGUGCAUGCCAAGAAAGGGGGAAACACACAAAGUUAACAUACAUUCAUUUAUUGUCGCUCAUUUCUUUUCUGCUCUGCUGAAUUACCAUCAUGCUUUGCUUCUUUAAUUGCUUUGAAACUGUGAGCCUUCUAUAUGCAUUUCAGUCAUGCGUGCAAUUGCACUUAUGUCCUUCUAGUUUUAGCAAUUUACACCAAUUGCUUCAUCAGUUACCCGAUUAUUAUAAAAAAAUAAAAAAAAUUUGUAGUGGCCUUUUCCAUUUCCACAUGCCAUUUUCAUAGUAAAUUUUCCACCCCAUUUUUUUUUUUGUUUAUAAUUGCAGCUGUAUUAAUUUCCAGAAUAAAAUGAAAUACUUGUACAAUUUAUUUUAAUCUAGUUUAAUGGUAUGCACUUGAAGAGUUACUCCAGCUAGAAACAGUGUUUUCAUAAAACACACGUGUUGGUUGUAGUCACUCCUUCUGUGCUGGUUUCUUUGUCCAAAAAAGAAAUGUUUAUUUAAAAACAACUUUUUUAACCCCCCCCACCCUCCCUAAGAUCUCCCUCAACCUAAUCCUCUUUGGACUAAUGGUGUAUAUGCAAACUGCUUUCUGUGGUUAAAAGUUACUCAUAACCAACACAAGCUAAAAAUUGAUGGUGAACUCAUUAUUUUUCUCUGAACAGUAUUUUGAUAAGGCAAAAAAUAGAAAUAGGUCCUGGAUUCAAAGAAGGCAAUUUAUUAAACCCACUGCCAAUCCCAACGUUUCGACCCGAACAGUCUUUGUCAAGGUUGACAAAGACUGUUCAGGUCGAAACGUUGGGAUUGGCGGUGGGUUUAAUUGCCUUCUUUGAAUCCUAGAGUGCCUGGACCUCUUUCUAUUUUUUGCCUUAUCAAGUAUUUGGUUCUUGGUACUGGAACUGGCCUUGUUAAAUCCACAUUCAUAUCACUAUGGGGUUUGAGUGCAGUUCAACACCCCUGUUUCUUGAACAUUAUUUUGAGUCUGAUCCUGAUUUCACUUAAGCUGAGGCUGCAAAUCCUUUGUACUCAACCAAGUUUUUUGUUACUACUCAGUGUGUUAAUUCUCAUUGAACUGACCCUAGUAUCCUUCUAAAAAAAGUAAAUUGUGUCCUCCAUUCCUCUAAAUCAAGAUCGUUGCCUUUAAGUCCCCAUCAAUGUUAUUCUGUAUUCACAUUUUUAUUUUUUUAUAUCCGUAUUUAUUCUCCUGUAUUCUCAAUAAAGGUACCAUGGUAUUCAGAACAGUGAGAUUGAGUUGAUAAUUGAAAACUGUUCAUAACGUUCUCUACACAAGCUUGUUAAUAUACUUUUGAGUUUUCCAUUGGGCCCAAGAGCCAGUAUGUUUUGAAAGCGCAUGAUGCUCGGAAGCCAUUACCAGGGCUUUAUGGAGAGUUUCCAUGUUUCCUGCAUUGUUUGAAAUUUAAAGCUGAUUCCAUAUCAUGCAAGCGCCUCCUAUUAGUUUUUCGGUGCUCUUCUGCUUUUAGAAGUAUUGGAUUAUCCAGGCAAUAAAAGCAUCUCAACAUGCUUAACAGGUGUGAUAUAUCAAAAUAUAUUGUCUUAAUAUGGAUCAGUAUGUGAAACUGAAAAGAAAAGUGUUUUCAUUAAAUUGUUGAACUACUUUGUUCAUUUGGAAGGUACCUUUUAAAGCCUAUGCUGCGUGUCCCUCUGGACAUCAUUCAGAACAAUCUGUUCUAUUGUUCUGACAUUAAAAGGAUUAUGCAAGAAUUAAUGCCACUAAAUCUUAUAGUAUUCACGACAAUGCAAGAGUAAUCUGUGUGUAAAGUGCUCAUUACACCUUUUUCUUUUCCUUUCCACUGCCUUUUACAAUAACCAAAGAAUGGAAAAAAAUUGAAGUUAAAUAUGUUGGAUUAUUUUCUUUUCUUCUCAUAUACAGAACAUUUGCUUUGUUUGCUUCUGUGAGAAUAUUUUUCAGACUGUGCUUUUAUUUAUUUUAAGAAAGUUGACCUAUUAAAAACAUGUUCCUUAUUAUUCUGUUUUGUUAUGACCAAGUGCCUUUCUUGUACUGAUCACUUAUUGUUGAGUAGCAUCCACAUUUGAAAGGUUAUCUUUUGAAACUGACCAUAAUCCAUUCUAGAAACAGCACACGGCUCAAUGGUAGUUAUGUAUGCAUCAAUAAUGGAAAGGAGCAAUGGCUGUUUGGCUGUUGUAAUGACUGAAAACCCCCUUGUCAUUCGCGUAGGACCAGAGAUAAAAUUGCAAAAUGAUUGGGGUUGGGAAAUAUGUAAUUUGUGGUAACAUUUUAAAUCAAGCACUUUCACGAAGAUCUAACUUGUGGUAUUUGUUGAACACCGAACAAAGCCCGGUAGGGUGCAAUGCAAUUUAUGACAAAAGUAUGAAUUAUUUGCACUAAAUCUGUAAGAUGUUCAACCUGUGAAUGGAACACCAUAGUGCUAGUUAUUUUUGUGUAGUACGUUUAUUUCAGACAUAAAACAGUCAGUCCAGUUUGUGAGUAGUUUGGUUUUCCCAAUCUGUGUUAUGGGGAUAACAUUGUCAAAAUGUUAAUUGAGUUAUGUAUAGUUUAUGGAUGAAAACUAUCCCCAUUUCUUGCAAUUAUUUUCCAUUGUAUGUUUUUUUGGUUUUAUUUUUAUUCUGAAUGCAACAAAAUAUGUAUUUUUGUUUUAUUCUUUCAGUUAAACAAAAAACAAUAAAUUGUGUGCUAUCCAUUGUAUGUUUUUUUUUGUUUGUUUUUUUCCUAAUCCUAUAUUGAAUAAACCUGUUCC